AUGGGGACUUCUCCGACCGCCGAAUCGAAGUCCCCCAAAUCGUCCAGCAACAACAACAAGACUUCGCGGCAAGAUACCUCUUCCGACUCCAAGGCCGAACCCUCCGCGAAAACGGACGGUGCGUCUAAUGCGGAAGCCACCAAACCUCUCGCACCUCCGCCUCGACCCGGACAACAACCACAGGGCAAUAAUACGCCUGACUAUUUCUCCGGCCAAGUUGGCGGAUCUCUCAGCCUGGAGCCCAAUCCAUUUGAGCAGUCUUUCGGGGGCGGUGGUGGUGGUCCAGAGACCCCCGGAGGUACAAAACUUCCCUCAGUCGCGGCCUUGACCUCACCCUCUUCGCUGCUGCCUGUUGGCAACAAUACCCCAUUUAAUUGGGGAGGAGGCUCGCUGCGCACCGGGCCGCUGAGCCCUGCAAUGUUGUCGGGACCGGCCAAUGAUUACUUCAGUGAAGGGCAUCACCUGCGAGGCGGAUUUCCAACCCCCAACGAGUCGUCGUUGCGAUCAGGACUUACACCCGGAGGCAGCGGGUCCAUGUUCCCAGCUCCAAGCCCCAACUCUCAAGCACUUUUCGCACAGCUUGCCAGUGGAGGCGCGACUCCUAGCACAAUCGACUUUCAUCGAACUGCCAUAAGCGCCGCCGCCGCGAAGCGUGAGCAAGCACAACCUCAAACACAAUCGCAACAAGCCACCUCACAACCAGCAGAUAUGCCAAACGACGCAGGAACUACUGUCAAAGCAGAGCCAAAACAGGCAUCCGGACCGUUUGAUCCCCACGAUAACGACGCCGCCAAUGGUCUUUUUAUGCUUGCGCAAGGCGCGCAAACCAGAAACGGGAACCAACCAUCAUCUCGCUUCUCCACGUCUGGUCCUGCUAGUCACGCUCAUCCAGCACCGACACCUGCUCAGAACCCCAACACCUCGCCGCAAAUGUCGACCGGAAACGCCGCGUCAAGAGGUGCCAGCGAAGGCACCAACAUGUCGGAGGAGGCGGAACAAGCCAAGCCUGGGACCAGAGCAAAGGGCAAGAAAGCCACUGCUACGAAUGGCAGAAGGAAAGCGGAUGAUACACUUGCCAAAGCUCCUCCCAACAAAAAGUCUAAGAGCAACGCUGGUGCAGCAAACGGCAUGUCACCCGAGCUGUCGGACGAGGACGAGGACGACAUGGGAGAUGAUCCCAGUUCCAAGUCAAAAAUGACGGACGAAGAAAAGCGCAAGAAUUUUCUCGAACGUAAUCGCGUCGCUGCUCUCAAGUGUCGGCAACGUAAAAAACAAUGGCUUGCCAACCUACAAAACAAAGUCGAAAUGUACAGCAGCGAAAAUGAUGCGCUUACAGCUCAAAUAACGCAGCUUAGAGAGGAGGUUGUGAAUCUCAAGACCUUGCUAUUGGCACAUAAGGAUUGUCCCGUGACCCAACAGCAAGGCCUGCACGGUAACUACAUGUCCGGGGUUGUAGAACCCUUUAGCGCUCAGAUGAACCCCUACGGAAUGGCCGGCCCAAUGCCCAACCAACAACAGGUCAUGGCCGCGGGUCAAAGCAUGCAGCGUCGAUUCUCAUAG